AUGAAUGAACAAGAUUUCGAACAACAUUCAAAAAUAUGUGAUUUGAAAUUAGCAAUCGAUAAUGUAAGAUCAUUAGAUGCAAGAUUAGCUUUUCUUAGGUUAGAUUCUCUGCCUACAGUUCGUAACGGAAUAUGUGGUUGUCAAGAGAAAGGAAAUUCAGAGCCAGAUGCCAAUCGCUUGGAACAUUGGAUCGAGUUCUGUCGAUUAUUGGCCACCAACAACACACUUGAAGAGCUAACGGUUCGUAAUUGUAAUUGGAAUGGAUAUGGUGCCAAGCUACAAUCAUCUACAAUCGAAUCGAUUGCAUCGCCUCUGCUCACCGCACUCGCUGCCAACAGGAAACUCCGGUCACUCUCGGUGUCAUGUCAGAUACUGUCGGAUCACCAUUACCCUUUGUUACUCGUGCGCUCUAAAGAAGAAGAAGAAGAAAACACUCUGAGUUCACCGCUUAUAACUCAUCUAGAAUUCACAGAUUGUUUUGCGAUGAAUCUGAGAGCGAUCGGUCAGCUUAUCACAUCUAACCAGUCGUUGUGUCAUCUAAAGAUAAAUAUCUACCGAGGUUACAAUGCUACCAAUAGAGAAGAGGAAACAUCAUCGAUUCAAUCAUUUAUAUCGUCAUUGUCAGUCAAUACAACACUUUUAACUCUAGAGAUACAUGAUAACAGUCUGCAACAGCAAGUCAAAGAAGAUAUAAUAACAAAAAUAGCUAAUUCGAAUAACAAUAGACUGUUAAACAUUAAAACUGUCGACAAACAAAGCAGUCCUAAUGACAAUGAAAUUACAUUACAAUAUUCUAUUAUAGAAUUCUUAAAAAAAUAA